AUGAAACCCUCAAUCGAUGUGGACUCAUUGAGAUCUGAGCAUGAAUCUGAAGAACAGUGGGCAGUAAGACGUAUGUUCAUGCAGGAACACAAAGAUGACUUUCCAGAACAUGAGUUGAUAACGUUAGCUCAAUUGUUUACUAAUAUUGAGUUUUUGGGAUGCAGAUACCCACCACAAACUAUGAAAAGAAUUGCAAAAUUGGCUGAAAAAGUGUCGGCUAAGUAUCGAGAAAGCCGAAAAAACAAACUGAAAAGAACUUUUGUGGAAGCAAGCGAUGCAGCUGAAGCUAAAGCUAAGAGAAGUUUUAAA